CUGCUCUGCUAUUAGCAAUUCGCUAUUGGCAAUUCCGGGAGACUAUCAAAAUUGUCUGAAGGGGGCAAGGAACACUAACAGAGGUACGUAUCAACACCUUUCAGUUCAUAUGCUGUCAUAAUACUGUGGAUUUGUACAUCGACUGGCUGCCUGGAUUCGUAGUUGCCUCAUGAUCUAUAUGAUCACUGAUUGAUGGCUCCAUCAGAUGUAGAGGACUCCAUGCCAACACUUUCUUCCUUCAACUCUAGGUUCUCUAUCGGGCACCGUUAAAAGUACAUCCUACCGACUUUUCACUCGUAUUGAUUUAUAUACGUUGUUCCAUGCGCCAUGUCCUCUAAUCAAAUCAAACUUUAUGGAGGGGCAAUAGAAGUUGAUCUGCCAGAGCGCUUCAAGGACGUGAGCUCCAUCCGAGAAGUGCCAGAUAGCCAGGAAGUCUACUUGGAUAAGGAUGGCUUCGCAAGUGUCAUCUUCGACAUUCUCGAGCACAUUGGCCCAUCCGAGGCGAAGGAUGAUUUAGAAGCCCUGGAUUUCCAUUUCCGUGGCAUUACCGAUGACACUGGAGACGAGACAAUGGUCCAUAAAGUUUCAUCCACGGAACCCAAACUUGAUAAAAUGCCGAACACCAAAGUCCUAAGUUUGCUCGGAAGUCUGCGGUCAAAAGAGGGCGCUCGACCUCGUCGUGCAAAUGAGGCGGAUUGGACGGCAAUUUUGCUGGCUCUGGUGCGACUCCCAGAGAAAGGAACGGAUAUUGUGAUCACGGUCAAUGUUCCUCAUGUUCCGAGUUUCCACCCGGAGAAUAUCGACAUCGGCAACGAGCAGUUCGAUGAAUUUGUUAAAGAUGGGUUGGACGUUAUGGAACAAGUCAUGGCGACGUUUGACGUUAAAGAUUGGAAUCUCUUCGUUAAUGAUUAGCCUACGCAUGAUUAGCCUACGCGGUGCCUAGAUAGAGAGAUAAAAUCAUGAUGAUAG